AUGUAUAAUUUUACUCCAGCAUCCUCUAUUCCAAAGGAACAUUUGAACAAUAAUUUCAUUCAACAACAAAAUAGUAACAUUCAAAUGAAUCCCCAAACAAUUCAUAAGUUGUCAAAUAAUCCAAACUAUAAUUUGCACGUUGCUUCUUCUCCAAAUUUAGCUAAUUCAAUUACUCCAUCCACCACUCCACUUUCUAUUUCAUCUCAAGAUUAUUCUUUGCAACAUUCUUUAAGUCAGAUGAAUUUUCGAAAUUCUUCCAGUAUGAUGGAUUUGAAUCAAUUCCAACCAGAUCCAAAUAAUCCUCAUAAUGCCUUUAAUCCUAUAUCAUUAUCUAGUUCAUCUCAGAAUUCGAUGACUAAUUUGAAUUCUUACAAUUCAAAUAACCAACAACAAUCAUUGGCUAAGGAUAAUAAGAAUAUACCUUCUGAUACGAUGAAAAAUUCUAAUUCAAAGAAUUUUAAUAAUCAUAAUACUAAUCAUCAAAAUAGAAAUCAUCAAAAUAAUAAAUAUAACAAUAAUAACCAUAAUCAACAUCAAAAUAGAAACAAUCAUAAUAACAACAUUCAACAGUCUCAAAAUCAUAAUACUGUGGGCCCAGAUUCUCCUUGGUUCCAAAAAGUCUGUGCUUUUGAAGAUUGUGUUUCUCAAACAUUAUACAUGUCUCAGACUCCAAGAAGAAAGAAUAUUAGACAUAGAUCCGAGCAUCCUAAUUCUAAUUCCAACCCACUAUUUUGGGAUUCAAUUGGUAGAGCAAUGGGAUUAUAUCAUGAUUUGAUUAAUACUCCAGAAUUAAAUUCUGAUCGUGUUUCUAAAUUGGUUCAUUUGUUACAUAAUGGACUAAGAGCCAAUAGAAAUCAAUUAACUAGAAUGAAUAAGAAACCUGAUUAUGAUUCUCAAUCUUUCCAUAAAGAAAUGACCAAUUACUUGUGUAAAUCUUUAAGAGAAAUCUCAAAAGAUGUUUUAAAUGCUAAGGUUCAAUUAAAUGAGUAUGGUGCUAUGCAUUUAAUAACUGCUUUCAAAGAAUUGUUAUUAUUCCAAGAAGCUGUUGAUAUUUGGAAAAAUGCUAUAAAUGAUACCAAUAAAUACACUACUAAUAUUUUCUUAAAUCCAAGAGUUGUUGGUGUUAUCCUACCAAUCUUAUAUGAUAAUGGUGUUUCAUAUCCAGAAAUUCAAACUUUAUAUGAAAAAUCUUCUUCUAUGAUUAAUUAUUUCCAUCCUAAUCUAUCUGUUGGUAUGAUAAGAGCUUCUCUAUCAGCAGGUCAAAAUGAUAUGGCUUUAAAAUUAUUUCAAAAAUUAUGUGAAGAAUCUACUGAAAUGAAAUAUGGUUAUUUAAUUGAAACUCAUUUAUCAUUUAUUGGUGAAUGUAAAGAUUUAAAUGUGGCUCAAACUUUCUUUGAUAAAGCUUUGAAUGAUGAAAUGCCAUAUAAGAUUGAUUUACAAGUUUCUUAUGUUAAAUCUUUCUUAAAAAACAUUUGGAAUAAUACUCACAACUUCCAUCAUGUUUAUGAAAUCUGGUAUAAAUCUUCGGUUCAUUAUGGUAGAGAUGUUAACCAUGGUAUUUCUUCUUCAUUAAAUGAUACUUUCUUUGACGUAUUUUUUGAAAAUUAUUCAAAUGAUAAAGUACAAGGUUUUCAUGCUUUACAAACAAUGAUUCAGACCUAUAAUACUAUUAAACCAAUUGAUGAACCAUUUUUCAAUAUUAUCUUGGCCAAAUGUACUAUUUGGAGAGAUCGUGCUAUUAUCGAUUUUAUUGAUGAAGGUUAUGAAUUAUUUAAUAUUCCAAAGACUAUUGUUGCUUAUAGAAUUUUAUUAAAAUCCAUGGGAUCGGUGGAUGAUGCCUCUAAUGGUGAAAUUUUACAAAGAUGGGUUGAUUUAAUAACUAAAUCAGAUGAAAUUGGUCAACGUUUCAUUGCCAAUGCUGACUGGGCUGCCUUAAGAGAUGCUACAGUUACUUGGACCCAAUUCAACAGAGAUAAGGACAAUAAGAAUAGUAUGAGUCCAACUCGUAAUUCUCCAUCACCUACUAGUUCUCCAAUUAGUUCUACAGAUGGAUCUGUGUUAUUCAGUAGAACCACUAGUGCAUCAUCUGUAUCUAAUGACGAAUUAGAUUUUUCUCAUCCUGCCUUUGCAGCUGCUAAUGCCUCUGGUGCUUUUGAUGAUAUUGGUAACGACGAAUCUAAGGAUAAGAAGUUAGUAACUACUACCACUCAUCAAACAACAUUCCCUUCAUCUCAUAAUGAAAGAAUGAUUUUAUAUUUGAAGAUUGUUAAGCGUUAUUCAGCUUUCUGUCGUGAUUCAAGACAAUUGACAAGAUUAACUUCUGGUACUGCUUUGAAAUAUUCUGUAUUACAAGAAGCAUUAAAAGAAUUCCCAACUUUAAAUAUUAGUGAUAUUCCAAUCCCUGCAUUACAUAAUUUGAAACCAACAUGCUUGUAA